AUGCCAGCGGGUCGGCUCUGGCAGUAUCUUCAGUGGUGCCAUCGCCAGCAACCAUGCCAACGGCGACGACUCUCCGUCGCUGUAGAUACUGGUGGCGCCCCCUAUACCGCCCCCUUUGUGGUGUCCACUCGGUCUCGUCAUCAAGUGUCUGCCGCAUUGAAGAAUGAUCAUCGCGACGAUGACAGCUUAGCAUUCCAAGUCCCCUUGACGGUCUCGGACGUGCAUCUUCGGCACGAGCAACUGCCAUUUGCCUACUUUUUCCGCGAGACGCUCGAUGCACAAGCGCUCCAAUCGUCAUUGGGACGCGUUCUGGUUCAUUUCCCCGUGAUUAGUGGAAGCAUCCAAACAACAACCUUCCAGUCCAUUCAGUGCGCCCCCCAAACCGACACCAUCUCACUGGCAUUUGGACAAGCCGUCGAUACCACACUCGACCAGUGGCUUGGUACUAACGAUACUAACGAUAACGACAAGAAUAAUAAUAGUGACAGUGAACGGGGACAUUCGCAUGUGUCUGGAACGGGGCAUCCCCAUUUGCUGCCACUGUUUGACGCGCUUUUUGAUCAUGGCCAUGACAAUAAUGAUGAUCGCGAAAGUGAAACCUACGACAGUCUGGUCAAGAUUCGAGUGACCUACUUUGAAUGCGGUGGAACGGCCAUCGGUGUCAACUGUUUGCAUGCCCUGGGAGACACUGCCUCGUGUGUCCGUUUUGUACAGUGCUGGGGGAGAGAAAUGCAACAACUCCCGUACCCACGACAAAUCAGCAAUCGGAGAGCCACAGCCGCCUGUGGUGGAAUGAUGACGGAAGAUCUGGCGGAUCUCAUGGGUCUCCAUCAUCCCCAACAACAAACCACAGCAUGGUGGAGUGACUGGUGGUCGCCAUCCUCAUUCGUCUCCACGCCAAAUAAUAAUGCAGACAAACAAAACGACAAUGAUCGUGACCAACCACCUCCAUGUACCAAUGAAGGCCGACAUGAAUACUUGGCGCUGCCUUUCUCGCCACAGGUGCUAAGUGCCAUGAAGGAGGUAGGAAUGGAAGCCAUUCGAAACGACAAGAAACGCACAGAUGACUCGCCUUGUUCCUAUAUAUCCACCAAUGACUUGGUGACGGCAUUUGGUUGGUUGUUGAAACGAGCUCUUUCGGGGGAACACAGUUGGAACAUUAGCAUGGUCGUCAAUAUGCGGGGCCGCUGUGGGGUCGACUCGUUUGCCGACAUGAAUGAUAUUAUGAGUACUGCUGAUGAUGAGUGCAACAAGAACGCACCUGAUCAAUCUUCUUCUCGUGGUGGGCUCUUUGGCAAUGGCAUUACCAACGUGGUAGCGGAGCACCCUUCUACCCAAAAGUCAUUUGGCAUUGGAGAUGUCACGGGCGCCGCAAGAUCCAUCCGGGUGGCGCUCACGAAGGGAAUGUUACAACUGCCAGAGAGAUUGUUUCAAUCCAAAAUGGGCAAGGCCGCAGGUAGUGCACAUGUGUCCACCGCAGAAUCUUUUCCCACAACCUCAUGGAGUCAGUUUCCACUGGUCGACAUUUCGUUUUCAUCCAACCAGAAUAUAGUUGCCUUUCAUGGUCAUCCAUCGCAUCCAUUACCCAUGGGACAAUCGACAUAUGCUUCUGUCAUUAUGAAAUCAAUGGCAAUGCAGGGGGACGACACUUCAUCAUCAAUGACAACAACAACGGAUUAUCCAGAAACCCAACAACAAUACGGUGUCAAGUACAAUCUAUUUCUUCCUUCCAGAAAGGUCGAGAAAGCGCAACGGAAGCAUCGAGAGCUUUGCAAAGCAUUCCUGGAGGCACAGGCUCAGUUGAUACAACAACAACAACAGCUCGGAGUGCCUCCUGUGCACUCAUCAGACACAGUAGGAGAAGAUGCCUAUCCAGAGCCGCAAAAACGUUCUGCUUUGUUUCCCGUGGCGUGA